CGGGAAACCGGAGCGGCUCGAGCCCGCUGCCAUCUUAGCCCGGCCGGAGGGAGAGCCGCCCGGCUCGGGCACGGCUGUGCUGCCGCGGUUGACUGUCAAGACUGGAUUUGGAUAUCAUGUGUUGGACUGCAAAAUCUUUUGUCCGAGGGCUGAGCUUCAGUGUUAAAUACUAUCCUAAGGAUAACCAUCUUCCAGCACUAUGUCUUUGUAGUACAAUAAAACCGAACAAAUGCCACAUCCUCGACUGGUCAAGAAGUUCAUGCAACAGCACCGUGCCACCUGGAAGAAUCCUGUCAUGGAGGUUAUUUUCCUGCAAGGAGGGGACAAAAAUCCAUUUUAAAAAGAAAAAAACCACAUCCAUAACAGCAUCAGAGCUUUUGUACAAAGAUCUUCUGAAAUCAGAGCAGGAAAACUGGAAUAAAAUCUCAAGAAGUUAUAAAGCUAUGACAAAAAGAAUAAAGGAAAAAAUAGAAGAACUGCACAAAAAGUAUACACUCCAUUUGGAAAGCCCAAGGAUAAGAUUUGGAGGAAACGUUUACUUUGAGGAGAAUGGUGACAUAUUUUGUUCAAAAGCAGAUGAUGAUAAAGGAAACGUUCGCAUUUUAUUCAGCACUGAAGAUAUGGGCUUUUCUGGUACCGUUAUUAAACGGAUCAGGGUUUCACCAGAUGAGAGGUACCUGGCUAUCAGCUUAAAAAGUGAAAAUUCUGAAGAGGCAACCUGUGUUAUUAUGAAACUCGGUGAUGUUCCCAUUGUGGAAGAAGUAAUUCCAAAUGUUUUUAGUUUUGAAUGGGCUACAAAUGAUGUUCUGUAUUACACAAGUCAGAAGAACCUUAAAUGCCAGAAUGUGUUCAUGACCACUUUCACUAAUGAGAAAUAUACUAAGUUGGUUUACACAGAACAAGAUGCAAGAUUUUUUGUGGACAUACACUGCACAAAAGAUAGACGUUUCCUCACUAUCAAUAGCAACAGCAAGACAACCUCAGAAGUUUGGCUGAUUGACUGCAGACAUCCUUUUAAGUUACCUGUUCUUGUGCAAGCCCGAACACAAGGGGUCAUUUAUCACAUUGAGCACAGAAACAAUGAGUUAUAUAUUCUUACUUCAUAUGGAGAACCUGCAGAAUAUAAGUUGAUGAAGGCUUCAGUAGUUUCCACUGGCAUGGAGAACUGGCAGUUAGUUUAUGCACUGGAAGAGAAAACCAAGCUAAUAGACUUGGAGAUGUUCCGUGAUCACUGUAUCAUGUUCCUGCAGAAAGCUGGCUGUCUUUACUUAAACGUGAUUGCUUUUGUUUCACGUUCAGUUCAAUCAAUACAGCUACCUACAUGGGCCUGUGCCUUUGAAUUGGAAUCUCAUCCUGAACACGCCAGCAGCACUUGCUAUUUUCAGCUCACCUCCCCAGCACACCCCCCAAGGCGUUUUGCAUAUUCAUUUAAAGAAAAUAAUCUCAUUGAACAAGCUGCAGAAGAGGUACCAAUUAUUAUGAAUUGUCACACUACACGUUUACUAGCUAAAAGCAAGGAUGAAACUUUGGUGCCAAUUACAGUUUUUCAUAAUACGAAUUCUAAAGAGCUACACAGGAAACCACUUCUAGUUCAUGUAUAUGGAGCUUAUGGCAUAGAUUUGAACAUGAGCUUUAGAGAAGAGAAGCUGAUGUUAAUUGAAGAGGGCUGGAUAUUAGCAUAUUGCCAUGUUAGGGGUGGAGGAGAGCUAGGCCUAAGGUGGCACAAAGAUGGAUGUCAGCAGAACAAACUCAAAGGUCUCUAUGACCUUAAGGCUUGCAUCAUGCUGCUGCAUGAACUAGGAUUUUCUCAGCCAAAAUAUACAGCACUAACAGCUGCCAGUGCUGGAGGAGUUCUUGCGGGAGCCGUUUGCAACAGCGAUCCAGAACUUAUCAGAGCCAUGGUUUUACAGGCACCUUUUGUAGAUGUUCUGAACACAAUGAUGAAAACUCAUCUCCCACUGUCAAUUGAAGAACAAGAAGAAUGGGGAAAUCCGUUAGCAGAUGAAAAAUGUAUGAAGUACAUCAAAAACUACUGUCCUUAUCACAAUAUUAAGCCACAGUGCUAUCCUUCAGUUUUUAUCACAGCAUAUGAAAAUGAUCAACGAGUGCCACUGACAGGAAUUCUGCGGUAUGUUCAGAAACUUAGGAAGGCUACCCUAGAUCACGCCAGCAGAACAGGAAAGGAAGGAAACUGGAUCCCUAAAAUCAUCUUAGACAUCCAGGCAAGUGGCAGUCAUUGUGACUCAUCCUGGGAGGAUUCAUUGACUGAGGUCUCUUCAAGCUUGUGUUUGCAAGGACUACAGCUUGGGGAGGACUGCUUGUGUGAGAAACAAAUUUCUCAAGUUCAACAACUGUACUGAAUAGCAACUUUCAGCUUAUUGAAAGGUGUUAUGUAAGAAGAUGAAUGAAGUUCUGAUUUUGAGGGAUUCAGAAAAAUUAUGACAAAGCUUCCUCAAUGUUAUUGAAGAGCUUGCCAAAAGAUCUGACACUUAAAUUUAAUGACAUAAGAGGGCAUAAAAUAUUUUGCACAUACUUUGGGUGUUUGUUUCCUAUGAAAAUUGUUUUUUUCAUAUAAAGGACACUUUUCACUACAAUCUGUCAGAAUAGCAGCUUGACAAAAGAAAUUGUCACUUUGCCUCAUGACAUUAUAAAUAACGGGUUUCUCCUUUUAGCAUGUUCUGAAAAGCAGGGAAAAAAAGAAUCCUAAGUUUUUAACACUUGUAACACUCCCUUUUAUCUUUACCUUUUCAUGAUUCUUAAAGACUUUCAAAUGCUGGGAUUGAAAACUAUUUCUUGAGCAAAUCCUCUCUACCUCAUUAAUCAGGGACUCUUCCUCUCCAGAUCGAACGAAGAGUGGUUUUGCAUUGUUACAAACCCAUGAGCCACAGGGUGGCAACUAAAUGAGAGAAUAACCUGAGGAGCCAAGGGCAUGCCACUUUGCUGAAGAGCAUCUUUUUGUCAGCAGUAAUCAAUGACAGUAAGAUAAUGCAAGACACAUUUUUUGGUUUCUCAGAGACAAAGCGAUUUCCUGUCAGAGACAUUUCUUCACAGCUGAAUCAGACAAACCUAGGGACGAUUCUGUGCUUCUCUGAGUGCAUCUUUCCCUUUGGUACAAAUCUGGCCAAUAAUACUCUCAGUAACAUCACCAGCAGCUGCCUCAUUCUGCAACAGAAUCAUAGGAUAGCUUGGGUUGGAAGGGAUCUCAAGGAUCAUCAAGUUCCAGCCCCUCUGCGACAGACAGGGUUUCAACUGUGAGAUCAGGUACUGGAUCAGACUGCCCAGGGCUCCAUCCAACCUGGCCUUAAACACCUCCAGGGAUGGGGCAUCCACAAACUCUGGCCAAUCUGUUCCAGCGCCUCAGCACUCUCUCUGACUCUAAUCUAAAUCUCCAUUCCUUUAGUUUUAAACCAUUCCCCCUUACCCUAUCACUACCUGACCAUGUAAAAAGUUGAUUUCCUUCAUAUUUAUUAACUCCCUUUAAACACUGGAAGGCCACAAUGAGGCCUCUCCCAACAGCCUUCUCUUUGUCAGGCUGAACAAUCAUAGAAUCAUAUAGAAUCACAGAAGGGCCUGGGUUCAAAACGACCAUAAUGAUAAUUUAGUUUCAACCCCCCUGCUAUGUGCAGGGUUGCCAACCACUAGACCAGCUUGCCCAUCAGCCUAUCUUCAUAGGAGAGGUGUUCCAGCCCUUAGAUCAUCUUCAUCUCCUUCCUCUCCAAAUUCUCCACAUCCUUCCUGUGUUUAGAGCCCCAGACUUGGAUGCAGUACUCCAGCUGGGGCCUCACAAGGGCAGAAU